ACAGCCAUCCGAGCAUCUCAGAGAGCAGGAGGUGCUGUGCCGGGCUGCAGGGCGCUCCCUCCAAAGGUCCCCAGCUCGACAUUGGGGGGCCACAGGCGACAGCAUGGACACCAAGCGCUGUUUCGCCAACCGCUUCGAUGACUACCAGGGCAGCCUGCUGGCUGGCCAGUGCGAGGAGGCGGUGGCGCCCUUGGUCACCUCCACCAUCGAACGCAUCCUCCAGGAGCUGCCCCCGCUGGGGGGCGGCGCUGAGGCUCGAGGGGCGACAGCGGCGGGCAGCAGCUGCCAGGGGGGUCUAUACAGCGGCGUGGCCGGGGUGGCCUACAUGCUCUACCACGUCUCGCAGAGCCCGCUUUUCGCCGGGGCCCGCGAGCGCUACUUGCGCUCCGCCAAGCGCCUCAUCGACGCGUGCUCCCGCUCCGAAGAGUGGGGCGAGCCGGACGCCGACACCCGCGCCGCCUUCCUGCUCGGGGGCGCGGGCGUGCACGCGGUGGCCACGCUCGUGUACCACGCCCUGGGCCGCUCCGACUACGUGCAGCCCCUCGGCAAGUUCCGGGCUCUGUGCGCCGUCUGCGCACCGGUCUCCUUCCUGGAGUGCGGCUCCGACGAGCUGUUCGUGGGCCGCGCCGGCUACCUGUGCGCCGCGCUGGUACUCAAGCAGAAACUCGCCCAGGAGGUAUUGACCCCAGCACAAAUUAAAUCAAUAUGCCAGGCAAUUUUGGACUCUGGGAAGCAGUACGCCCUGAAGAAGAGAAAGCCGUUCCCCCUGAUGUAUUCUUACUAUGGAACUGAAUACUUGGGGGCAGCUCAUGGCCUGUCGUCCAUUCUGCAGAUGCUUCUUUCUUACCACGAGCAUCUCAAGCCUGCAGAUCGGGAGCUGGUGUGGCAGAGUGUGGACUUCCUCAUGGAACAGGAACAGAAUUGCAACUGGCCACCUGAGCUGGGAGAGACGAUCGAGAGAGAGAAUGAACUGGUCCACUGGUGCCACGGUGCCCCAGGAAUUGCUUAUCUGUUUGCCAAAGCUUAUCUUGUUUCCAAGAAACCACAGUACCUGGACACAUGCAUACGGUGUGGGGAGCUAACGUGGCAGAAAGGCCUACUGAAGAAGGGGCCAGGAAUUUGCCAUGGUGUAGCCGGCAGCGCCUAUGUCUUCCUUCUGCUGUACCGUCUUACAGGAAACUCCAAAUACAUCUACCGUGCUCAAAGGUUUGCACAAUUCUUGUUCACCGAAGAAUUCAAAGCUGGUUCACGGGUCCUUGAAAGCAUAUACAGCUUGUAUGAAGGCUUCUCUGGCACUGUUUGCUUUCUCAUUGAUUUGCUACAGCCCAAUCAGGCUGAAUUCCCUCUCUUCAGCGUCUUUGUUUAAAGGCUCCAUCUCCCGUUGCAGCCUGGCAGAAGUCCCCUGAGAUUUCCUGAGCCUCCUCUAGGCAGUUUCCCGCAUAAUCCACAUCCAAUGGCAUCACAACUAUGAGCCUUCACAUUGCUGCCAGAAGGAUGAGCCCAGCCUUAUGAAGAAAGCGUGAUACCAGACUGGAGAGGGAGCCUGCCAAGCAAAGAUGCCACAACUCAUCUCAAAAUCACAGAUUUGAUGUUUCCGGGGAGAGAUGUAAAACCGAAGAUCAGAGAGAAGGCGAAGGGAAAAUAAUGCUUUCCAGUUGGUGAGACUGAAGGCAAAAGUGACCUGGAGAUGGUGGGGAUAGACUGGCAGCCCUUUGAAAACUGGAGAGCAAAUGUGACCAUCUGGCUAUACCCUCCACCCUUAAAUUCAGAAGUGAAGACAAUCUAAAUAAUCUAAAAUAUAUAAAAUAAUUUUGCCCUCUUAAAAACUGUUAGCAGGGAUCAAGUGUCAUGAAGAAGGGCAUGAAAAGAAACCUUGAUUGUCCUAGGCCUUCGCUUGCUGAAGUUGAUGAUUUUUUUUUGAGUGGAGAUAUUUGAAUAUGUAUGUGGGUAUUUUUAGAAUCACUAUCCUAAGGCACUUUAAAAACAUCAUAUCAUAACUUACUUUAAACACUGAAAUUUGAAGCUUCCUUAGGUCUUAGAAUAUCUCUUUCCCUAGUUUUGUUUUCUUUCCUAGAGCUCAUUAUAGUGAGAUUCCGAGCAGGAAGGAUUGUAAUUUUAGUGACAACCUAAGCUUAGUAGCUUUGGGGUGUGGCUUGUUUAGCAUGCACAAGUCCCUAGUUCCAUGCCUAGUACCAUAAACAAACAAAAAGGAAGACAGGAAAAUUCUUAUCUAGCAAAUAAGUGUUGUUGUUAUGUGUUGUCUCAACUUGAAGUGUGACCUGUAUAUUGUAUAUGUUAGUAAUUCUUCAAAUGCCUUCAUCUUUGUAAUUUCUAUGAAGCUAUUAGACUGUAAAAUAUGCUCUCGGUGAAAAUCAUUCAUCUCAAAGAUCAGGGCAACUACCACAAAGGUAAGUCAUUUCCAUAUUUCAUAGAAUACCAUGAAAGACAUGGAAUGGGGAAAAUAGAAGUGGUUAUUGAAAAAAUGUCAUUUUAUUUUAUCCUAUUAGAUGAAGAGUGGAAUAAACUCCCUGGCUGGUCACCUUACUUUGCAAAACAAGGAUAUGCUAGAGCUUUACUAUCAUACCAGUUGAUUCUAGUUAUCAUAUUAAGUUUACUUUUGCUAUAAACAAAAGUUAUAAAAAUGCUUCAAGCCAAUAGUGGAUUGCUAAACACUAAUAGAAGCAACUGUCACUUCCAUACACAGAAUAUGAGUUUACCACAGUCUUGGUAUUUAACCACUGAAAUUCAAGCAUCAUAUUAAAGAAAACUGUUGUGCUGUAUAAGAUGUCAUUGAUUCAAUAGUCAUUAGUUAUUUGGAUAUGUAUAUAUGCUACAUUUAUUACCAUAUAAUUUGAAGCAAUAUUUGAACUGUAGAUUUUGGGAGGAGUUAGGUAAUAAUUUACUGCCUAGAAACAUUUCUGUGUGUGCUGGCUUGUGGAGCUGUAUGAACCAAUGAAUUCGUAUGGGUUUGUAUGAAAGUUAUAUGUGUGAUCCUAUUUUGGAAAAGAGGAUCUCUUGUAUUCAUAAGAUUCUCAAAGAAUCUUACCAAAGAACUGUCUUUUUAUAUUUUAUGACUCUUUGUAUGUUUACAAUCAUUAACACAAGCUGGGACAAAAUGAUUUUUGCAAAAUGUAUACCUUGUUGGCUUAUAGUCCCAUUUCACACCCUCAUAUUUCAACAUAUAAAAUUGGCUUUAAUUGCUCAUCUGUGAAAAUACUGUUUGGAGUAAAACUUAAUUAGAUUCCAGAAGUUCUUUCUUGAGGAGGGCAAACACCUUUUAGAAGCCCUAAGAAAGAUUCUGUUUACAGAAUGUUCUCCUACUGAAAGGACCAGUAACAGCUGCUACAACAUCUCAUUUAAAAUGCACUUGACAUGGGCCCUACAGGCUAAAGAUAACCAGGCAGAAUUAGGCCUUUUACAUUAAAGGAAUACAUGCUUUCAUUGUGUCUGAGCAGCCCCUCAAAGUGUGUUAGGUGAUCUCCCUAAAGACAGAGCUAGGGGAACAAAACAAGGUUUCGAAGUCUGGUUUCUCCUUUCAGGGUCAUUUAUUCAGUAUUCUAGAUUAGAAAUAUGCCAGCAUCACAGCAGACAAGUCAGCCCCUCUCUCAAAGGAACCUCCAUUUAAAAUCUGCCCACCUCUUCCAUCAUUCAUUAUAUGGACCGGAAAACCAAAGGGCUAGGAAAUGACGCAUAGAUUUGUUGUAUUUGUUAUGUUUCCAGGAGCUUUAGAAAAACUGGACCUACCUUUUAAAGAUGCAAUAGAGUGACUGUAACUUUGUGCAGAUCAUUGUGAAAAGCUCGCUAUUUUUGUAUGUCGUAUGUAAAAAGGGGUCAUGUUUGGGUGUGGUCUUUCUGAAGUACCACCUCAGUAAAUUUGAAACAAGGAUACACUUUUUUUUUUGGCUGUUAAACCUAUCAUUGAAACUUUGCAUUUUCCUGAAAGAAAAGCACCGUUAGUUUGAGAGUCCUCUUCUAUAUUACUUUCCCAAGUUCCCAAGAAAGGGAUGAAAGACACAUAUUUUCAGCAGGAAAGUAAGUCAUGUCAUUUAUUCCAUAAUCAAUUUCAUGUGUAGUAACAUUCUUAAUGUUAAAGCAUGAUCCCUCUUGAAGGCUACUGUGGCAUUUUUGGAAAGGUUUAUUUUUAUUAUUUUAAUUACAAUUAUGUGUGUGGAUAUGUGCAUGAGAGUGCUGGAGCUACAGUUGUGGAUGACUCUGAGGCACCCGAUGUGAAUUCUGUGAAGGGAAAUCCAACUUGGGUUCCCAGAAAGUGGGAUGGGACUCCAUGCUCUUAACCAUCGAGCCAUCCCUUCAGCUCUCACUGCGGCAUUUUCACCACUGCUCAUGUUGUCAUACUAUUUACUAUAUAGGACAAAACCAAUCCUGAAUGCUGGGUGGAGAUGUUUGAGGAUACAUUGAAAGAGCCUUAACAGUAAGGAAGGAGACACAUUAUACUUCAAUAGCAAUAUAUUGUAAAACACUGUAGCUUUGUGGCAUUAACACAGUUACAUGCCUUUCUUUCUACCCUUAACUGUCUAUAUUUAAUUUACCCUAUCUCAUUGCCACUUUACCUCUUUUCAGUUUGUAACCUGGUAUUUGAAGAGAACAGAAGUUUGACAGUGUAUAUUUCCCACUGACUUUUUUCCAGGCAAUUGACCAUGUUGUUAAGAUAAUAGUAUUCAAUUAUGACAAUUCAUUACAUAGAACAGCUUACUUGCUCUGUAGUAAAUUCCAUCUCUUCUUUUUACUUCUUUAGUUUUCUUUGAGAUUUUAAUCAAAGUGUUAUGCAAAUUGUUUUGGUUUCUGUAGAGAGUAUACCUCAGUAAUUUCAAUGCAAAAAAUAUGAGUUUGGGAUUUAUAACCAGGCUAAGAAAGUAUACACAAGCUGAGGAUGUAAUUCUAUAGUAGAACACUUUUCUAGCAUGCAUGCUGCCCUAGGCCCUAGUCUCAGCAUUAAGAACAAAAAGACAUUAAAGAAAAGACACAAUUAAAAGGCAGUAGUAAUGUCAAGAGAACCAUGUUAGAAAUCCUAAAUCCUUGUUCUGCCACUUUUUUGGGGGCACUGUAUAUAGUUCAUACAGUUGUCAUAGGAGUUAUUUGUAAAUAUGGUUUUUUUAUUAUUUAAAAGGCUUCUAUGUUUUAGGUUCCUAUUAUGUGCACAUAAAAUUAUGUUCAGUUCAUAUUUAAAAACUAAACAAACAAACACAUGUCAUAUGACGAUGCAGUGCUUGGGGCCCAGGACACUAGAAGGGUAAAUAUUAAUUUUAUAUUCUACUGCCAAUUCUGACUGUAGUGUUUGUGCCUCAGAAGGUUCUGACUUGAAAGAAUUUCCUCCAGAGGAAUGGGUGGUGUAGUCUAAACGCUCUCUUUAACACAAAUAUUUUGCUGACUGAAAAUAAAGGAGUCUGGUGCCAAUAACUGAAGAAAAGGAACAUCCAGGCCAUAACUACACAGCAAAAAAUGAAUUGGGAAAUAGGAUAAUUUAACACUGAUUUUGAUCUGUAUUUUAAUUUGGUCAUCAGAGGUGUAUUAGCUACAGGAAUAGAAUUAUGCUGCUUGUGAAGCCUCCCUUAAAUUAUUAUGCCUCAAAUUAAUAGCGGGAUGACUAACCGUCACUUACCAAGGUCAUGUGAUCUUAGCGUAAAUUUGGCUAGAGAAAGGCAAGCUAGAAGGCAGGAUCAGGGCUUGGGGGUUGCUUACCAAAGCGUGGCAUCUGAAGAUAAUUUGUACAUGUGCAUUUAAUGGGACUAAACAAGUAUAGUCUUACCACUGGGACUUUUUUUCUUGCUUACCGAAAUCUCUUUAAUCCUAAUCCACCUUCAAGUCAGCAUGUGUCAUCACCUGUCUCUAAACAUCUCAUUCUGAUAAUGGAUUUCCCCCCAUGUCUGUUUAAUCACAGGCAUGACCUCUUUUCUCCUGGGAAGGCAGGCUUCCUCCGUAUCUUUGUCCACAUCUGUCCUUAGCUAAGAGCACGGGACUCAACAAGGCUUGAGUCUACUUUAGACAGAAGGACUGACCUCGAGGUCAGUAGCAACCAGAAUUGGGACUAUUCUGUAGUCAGAUCACAAGUACAGGGCAAGCUGCCACAAGAGUGCUGUGCAAUGAGAAGAAGGUGGUGGCCACAUGCAUCCUGCUUCCACUCCAUAAACAGGACUGCCCAUAUUGCCUUCAUGUCUUUUAUUAUGUCAUAAAAGACAAAAACCGAAGUAGUUCCUACACAAACAAAGUCUCUCCCCUUAUUUUAUAAAUUGAAAGUGUUAAUGAAUUGGGACCUAAUGGGUGAUGCUGUUAAGAUAUAAAAGAAUAUUCAUUUUCAUCUUCUUUAAAUAUUGAACCUUGUCCUUUCCAUUCAGUUCCCUUCGCAAAUGACAAAGUCUCUCAUCUUCAGGAUUCUCUGCGUCUUCAUUUCCUUUUAGGGUACCUGUUAUUCACCCAUUCUGAAUUAACUUUGAAAAGUUAUUUAAAUGGAAAUCCCAAUCUUCUGUGGUUUUGUUCUGCACUGGGGUGGAAGGAGGGCCAGUGAAUUGUAUGACACAUGAAGCAGACUUAUCUUUGUACUCAGAAUCACCUGAAAGGCAAGAUACCAUUUUUGUUACAGAAUAAUUACGUACUAAAUUGAAAGUAGCUGAAGAUCUAUGUCUUAAAGAUCUUCCUGAAGUACCCCAAUACACUCCUUUGUGUUAUGCCUUCAGAAACAAUGAGCACUCCAAAAGAAUGGAGAUGGAUAAAACACCUGUGUGUAUGUGUAAACAGAAUUUCUUCAUAUAGAAUAAUGCAGUUCUACUGAAAUUUUCUUCAUAUAUUUUGUGUGAUGUGUUCCUCAAUGUGUAAUCUUAUAUUGUGUAUGAAGUAGCUGUGACUUAGCAAUCAGUAUAAAAAAGGUAUAAAAUCUAUACUUGUCUACUGUCUUUAGCAAAUGACCUUAUUACAACAUAUUUUAGUGGGAUGUCUGUGUGUAAAGGGCAACUGCCAGUAAAAUAAAUUGUGUCAUUAAAUUUGAUUCAAGUUGAAUGUGGUAAUACUUAUAUGUGGAUAUAUUCAAAUAAGCAUAUUGCUUCAAAUAAUCAGUCUUGUCUCUUUUAGGGCUUUUAAUAUUAGAGGUGUCUUCUGAAGACUAUAGCAGCAGUAGACUCCUUUUGCUCUUGAACGUGCAGUAUCAUUUGUAUUAUAGAGAUGUUCCAGCGGUAAGAGUGGAACACUGUAAUAGUUUGGUCUCAGAAUCUGGUAUAGGCCACUCCAGUCUCUUGGAUGUGGUGGCAUCAAACUAACAGAAUUUUUAAAAUGGGUUUUGUAGAAAUCAGUGAAACCUGAUGAGAAGCCAUAAAUAACUAGGGACUGGUCAAACAUCACAUACUAAAGUGAUAGAAUAUACUUCACCAAAAGGGUUUUCAUUUUUGCACAAUUUCCAAUAUUUACAAAAAUAUGUUUGUGUCAUCAUUGGGUUAAAACAAAGUUAAUCUUCCUGAUGGUACAUUUCAUAAGCAGCAAACCAGUACAAUUCCUUAAUCUUUUGGGGCAAUACCCCAAAUAGGGAAUUGUCAGUAUAGUAUGACAACUUACUCCUAAUUGUACCUAAGAGUAAACAAGCACCACAGUUUAAUGUACUAUUGAAGUUUAAAGACAUGUUCAAUAAAUUAGUAUUAUUAAUAAAGUUGUGCUCUUUGCUGUAUUUCUCCACCAAUUAUGAAUAAAAAAUUAUAAAAAUAAACCAAAUGAUAGGAAUAAGUUAUUAGUACUUUAAAAUUCUUUUAAUUUUUAUUAACAUUAAAUUUAACACCAGUUAUCUGUUGUAUAUAGCAAGAAUUUUGAAAUACUUGCACACCAAUUGAGAGGCUUGGUAGAAAUGCCUUUUUGCCAAAAUCAAGUUCUUUGACUUCUUGAUAAUUCUUAUAUGUCUGUAGGGGUACUUUGAAGGGUUUGAAAGAUAUAUCAAGAGCAGUUCUAAUCUUAGUGCAGAACAUUUUGCUAAUCAUUUUACUAUAUUACAAAAUGUUAUACUAUGAUAUUUUAUAAUAAAACAAAAUUAUCAAGUAUUCUGGCCUAUUACAUAUUAUUAUACCCAAACAUCACUUUCUAUAAGUCUAUUACUGAGUACACUUAUUUUUUUAAAAAAAAAUCACAGUGGGUAUUUUGAUCCUAGUGAGGAAGUAUAAUGCAAUAUCUGACAUUGAUUUUUAAUGAAAAUCCACUUAAAUGUAGGGCAGGGAAACUAAGCUGUAAACGUGUGUGUUCAUCUGACUGAUAAAAUGACAAGUGAUAAUUUGGAAAGGUCAGCUUAUAAAUGCUCAUCAGAUUUGAGCUUUUGUUAUCUAUUGUUCCUGGAGCAGGACGACAAUUGUCAGUUAAAUUUGCUUCAGCUUCACUGAGGGGUUUGCUUACAGUCCACUGCCUGGUGUAAUGAAAUCUCUUCUGAAGCAAGACUGACUUAGAAACUUAGUGAUGCACCUUACUACUUUUUAGCUGCUGUUAUAAUAUCAAAACACUGUGAUCUUUCCAAUGUGUUUUCUGUAUCAGUUUUGUACUGUAGAAAAUAAUCUGCCAUAAACUGCACUUUACUGUUUAAAGUGAUGUUGCUGGCUUAUUGCACCACUGCUCCACAACAUGGUCCACUUAAUAAUGUAAAUAAAACCUGUGAUAAUCCUUUGCCUUAAGAUCUGAUGCUAAACCGUUACUGUGUUCUAAUUAAUUAUUCGU